AUUACUUACUCGAACUUGCAACCCGCGUCGGUAGUUCCGACUUCCAUUCCACCCCCUACAAACUCUUCACCACCAUGGACUCCCUAAUACCAUUCACAACUUCGGGAUCACUAGUAGAUUGCGUGGACAGGAAGAUGCUCGUGGUCCUGAGGGAUGGACGGAAACUUCAAGGCGUGCUUCGUUCCUACGAUCAAUUUGCCAAUUUGGUAUUGGAAGACACCGUUGAGCGUAUAUACCACCAAGAUGUGUUCGCAGAGCUGAAGCGCGGACUCUUUCUCAUUCGUGGCGAGAACGUGGUUCUUCUGGGCGAGAUAGACCUCGACCAGGAAGAUGAUGUACCACUGCGACAAGUUGAUUGGGCAGUCCUCGAGCCGUACCACAGACAGGAGAUCAUUGACAAGAAACACCGUGACGAGGCGAAGGCACAAAUCCUUUAUGAACGGAAGGGCUUUUGCAAAGAAGGGGGCGAGGGAGAUGGUUACUGAUGCUUUUCGGUCCUCUUUAUUUCUCUUUUCUCAUCCACACCAACUGCUGCGCGGAUUGGCAGAUUCAUUACGCCAAGCAGCAUGUCAUGUCAUGUAUUCACAAGAGCUCCGCUGGGGCAGACAUAAUCGCAUUACCCAAGUUGUACUAGU